AAAAAUGGCGGACGAAGCCAAAAAAAUUUCUAGCAAUUCCACAAAUUUACACGAAGAAUUGCAUGAUUUACACCACAUAUUCCGAAUUGUAGGCGACCAGUUAUCGCCCUCAGACCUGAACUAUCUAAAAAUGUGCAUGUCGCCGAUAAUUGAUGAAGAGGCGCGACGUAAUAUCAAAGAUGGUUUCACCUUUUUCUUGACUCUUGAAAAAGCUGGUUUUUGUGACGAGUCAAAUUUCAAGCACAUCUUACAACUUCUGAGGGUCAUAACUCGCCAUGAUUUAAUGCAGUUUGCUACACUAAGGAGUAGAAAAACAGUUUCAUCGGACCCCGUUGAAGAAUACCUCAAGAUUCAAGCGCAGCAGACAGCCAAGAGAAAAUCAAAUACAGAUUAUGAGCCGUGUCGGAGAAGUGCAAGGAUUGCUCACAAACGACAGAAAAUACGGGCUGGUGCCGAUUGGACAACACUGGAGAAUGAUUGCCUGAAAUUUAGUGACUGUUUUCAUGAAAGAAAGAAAGUAACUUGUGACAUCAAGUUACGAGUUCGGGCUGAAUAUUGCCACCAUACAGAUGCAUUGCAAGGGAACGUCGCUUCUAAUCGCCCACAAUUACUAGAGAGACAAUUUGAAAAAUUUGAGCAAGCCAGCAACAUACUCAAAUCGCGGGAUCUUGGUUCCGUGGUUUGUGAUAUCAAGUUUACGGAACUGACUUAUCUCGAUGCAUUUUGGCGAGAUUACAUCAACGGGACUUUAUUGGAGGCAUUGAAGGGCGUGUUUAUUACUGAUUCCUUAAAACAAACAGUCGGCCAGGAAGCGAUACAACUGCUCGUCAACGUAGACGAGGACGACUAUGAAGUAGGACGAGUGAGAUUGUUAGAGAACAAGACAUAAAAACUGCUGACUCGACAAAAUUUGUGUUAUAUUUGCUCCAAAUUAGCUCCAUGUUAUGAUGUUAUAACCCACCAAUGUCAACAACGUUUCGUAAAGAUGCUUGUUUAGGGUGACGAGGUGCACGUACAGUUGUCUCGUGCUAAAAUCCGCCAAAUUUCGCGUGUUUAAUAAUCGCAAAACUUUCUGGAAAAAUAUUUCACAUUAUAUUGAUUGUUGGUUCUUCAGGGUAAACAAGGUGAUUCGUGAAAUCGCCGAGAAAUAAGCGUUUUACAGCCACUGCCCUGCUUAUGUUAGUUUGCUCUUCCGGUAAAGCAGUGUUGUCAGAAAUAUAUAUUUCACCUCGAACCUCUGGAGACACCUGACAAUUUCGGCAAAGAAGUCGAAUCGUGACUUGACACAUCAUCAUCUUGCCGGCCACUUCGCGCUGACUCGGUCCCUUACCAUGAAGCGUUGUCAUAGCUGCGACCCCCUCAGGCAUAACUAGGCACUUCGGGUUAAGCCUUCGGCGCCAUCUGUCAGAUGUGAGACGUGGCCUGAUGUAAGAUUUGCGUCAUGAAAAACCUCUUCCAGAUAUCUAUUUGUUUUCUCAAGGUGAAAACAGAAGGAAACAGAACCAAUGGGCAUUGAGCUACUAUUGUAGGCUGCUUGAAUAUCAAAAAGGAGGGUGGUUAAAUAUAUAUUUCUGCUAUUUUUGUACGAAAGAUGUUGGAUGACUUGUAUAACUUGCUGUUGUGUUGGUGUUUUGUACCGAUUUUCUACGUUUUGCUCAUUAUCAAAUGUCCAACCUUCCGUAGAAUCUGUUAGGAGUACUGCGGUCUCAAAGUUAGAGUGUCAUUAUCACCCCCUUUCAAAUAUUCCACAAAGGUGCAUUUUCGUGGGCUGUGAAAAUGUACCAAGCUACUUCCGUUGGCUAGCUGAGCGCGAUGACCUAGUUAUUGUGCAGGAAAGAUAACAAGCUAUCAUUAUCAUUGCUGUGUUGCACAGAAAGCGAUUCUGUUCUGUCUGAUUAUUGUGCAAUACAACUUAUUCAACCAAAAAUGGCCUUUUCAGGACAAAGUCACAACCAAAAUACAGGGCUAGCUUCACUUUGAUUCAUGUGAUAAGGGAAGCUAUUGCAAAAGACCUCAAACAGUAAUCUCUGAUAGAUUUUUUCCCUGGGGGUACAAAAUGGGGGUGCUGGGGUGAGAUGCUUGGGCUUAGGCUUCAAGUUAGCUGGCUUGCAGAGACAGGAAGACUUUGAGGCUCCAGUAUGAUAAUUGUGCUUAAUAGUUUAGACGUAUUGGGCAAUCCGUACAGCACACAAGAUUUAUGGAUAAUUGUACAGUAAAAACGUUAAAAGAAAUAAGAAUCUACUGCACUGCCUUUCAUUACUGAUUGAUAUAAAUUAUUCUGCAUAUUUCAACUUCUGACCACUCGAAUAGUUAUUGUUAGCCCAUGUCUGGUCACCAGGGGUAUUAUUGGACGCCAGUGACAUAUCUGUGAAUUGAGUACUGAAAUGUAUCCAUUCAAAUAUUCCUUCUAUGAGUUUGUACAGGGUGUCGGAGAAAAUAUGUGACUCAUCCUAAAACGAUGGCCUGGCCGUGAUCACAUUAUGUUUUGUGACGCGUCUCUUCAAUUUCAGGUUUGUUGUCAACUCACUGGCGAUCAUUGGGUUGUAUAAAAUGUACAAAGUAAGGUUCUGUACAAUUGUGUAAUUUCUUUAGUUUACUUUUGUAAUAAAACCUGAUUGUAUGUA